UCGGCUGGAGAGCCUCUUUGCGGAGAGCUGGAGGAGCAGGGCUUUGUCUGCGGAGGACUUUCUUCUCUUCCCCAGCCAUGGCUCCGCCAGAACUGUACCACAAAGAGUUCCCCAACGCCGGACAGAAACCGGGGCUCCAGAUCUGGAGGAUCGAGAGCCUGGACUUGGUGCCAGUCCCGGAGCCUCUGCAUGGCAACUUCUACGUGGGCGAUGCCUACCUGGUGCUCCACACCGUCAAGAGGAACAACGCCACCUUCUACAACCUCCACUACUGGCUGGGAAAAGAGUGCUCUCAGGAUGAAAGUACUGCCGCAGCAAUCUUUACAGUGCAGAUGGAUGAUUAUCUUGGAGGAAAACCUGUGCAACAUCGGGAAAUCCAAGGAUAUGAGUCAACACAAUUUGUUGGAUAUUUCAAAGGUGGCAUUAAAUAUAAGGCAGGCGGUGUUGCAUCAGGUUUUAAGCAUGUCGUCACAAAUGACCUAAGUGCACGGAGACUUCUGCACAUCAAAGGCCGGAGAGUGGUUCGAGCCACUGAGGUUCCUCUUAGCUGGGAGAGCUUCAACAAAGGAGACUGCUUCAUUGUAGAUCUUGGAACGGAUAUAUACCAGUGGUGUGGCUCUACAUGCAAUAAAUAUGAGCGCUUGAAAGCUACUCAGGUAGCUAUAGGCAUUCGGGACAAUGAGCGGAAUGGAAGAGCUCAGUUGAUUGUUGUGGAUGAAGGAAGUGAGCCAAAAGAACUCCUAAAGGUUCUAGGACGCAAGCCGGAACUUCAGGAGGGUGAUGACAAUGAUGAUGAAUCUGCUGAUAUUACCAACAGAAAAGUUGCUAAACUUUACAUGGUGUCAGAUGCAAGUGGCUCCAUGAAUGUUUCAGUUGUUGCAGAAGAAAAUCCCUUCUCGAGGGCAAUGCUUUUGUCUGAGGAGUGCUUUAUACUGGAUCAUGGUGCAGCUAAAAAGAUAUUUGUAUGGAAAGGUAAGAAUGCUAAUCCAGCUGAGAGGAAAGCAGCUAUGAAAUCAGCGGAGGAAUUCAUUCAGCAAAUGAGUUAUCCUGCUAACACACAGAUUCAAGUUCUUCCAGAAGGAGGUGAGACACCCAUUUUCAAACAGUUCUUUCGGGACUGGAAGGACAAAGAUCAAAGUGAUGGCUUUGGGAAAGUGUAUGUCACAGAAAGAGUGGCAAGGAUUGAGCAGAUUGAAUUUGAUGCUACAAAGUUGCAUGAGUGUCCACGGAUGGCAGCCCAGCACAACAUGGUGGACGAUGGCUCUGGGAAAGUGGAGAUUUGGCGUGUUGAAAGCAAUGGCAGAAUCCCAAUAGAACCUGAGAGCUAUGGACAGUUUUACGGUGGUGAUUGUUACAUCAUAUUGUACACCUAUCCUAAAGGACAGAUAAUCUACACUUGGCAAGGUGCUCAUGCCACUAAAGAUGAGCUGACUACUUCAGCAUUCUUGACUGUCCAGCUUGAUCGCUCACUUCAGGGGCAUGCGGUCCAGAUCAGAGUGAGCCAAGGCAAAGAACCUCCACACUUGUUGAGUCUAUUCAAGGAUAAGCCUCUCAUUGUUUACAAGGAUGGGACAUCCAAGAAAGGUGGCCAGGUGGCUGCUCCUCCAACCCGUUUGUUUCAAAUCCGGAGAAAUCUAGCGUCCAUCACCAGGAUUGUAGAGGUUGAUGUAGAUGCAACUUCAUUGAAUUCCAAUGAUGUUUUUGUUUUGAAAUUGCCAAGAAACUCUGGGUAUACCUGGAUUGGUAAAGGAGCAAGCAGAGAUGAAGAAAAGGGAGCUCAGUAUGUAGCUGGUGUCCUGAAAUGUCAAACCUUGAGGAUCGAAGAAGGCCAGGAACCAGAAGAAUUUUGGAGUGCCCUUGGUGGAAAGAAAAAAUACCAGACAUCUGCACAGUUACUGACUGAGUCAGAAGACCAUCCUCCACGUCUUUAUGGCUGUUCUAAUAAGACUGGCAGGUUCAUAAUUGAGGAGGUUCCCGGAGAGUUCACUCAGGAUGAUUUGGCUGAAGAUGAUGUUAUGCUGCUAGAUACUUGGGAUCAGGUAUUUGUCUGGAUUGGCAACGAUGCAAAUGAAAUGGAACGCACUGAAUCAGUUAAAUCUGCUAAACGCUACAUUGAGACUGAUCCUUCUGGACGAGAUAAAAGGACACCAGUUGUUAUUGUGAAACAAGGUUAUGAGCCUCCAACAUUCACAGGCUGGUUUUUGGCCUGGGAUUAUAACAAAUGGAAAAACUGAACAACUAGAGAAGCUUCAAUCCCAGAAUUUAGCAGCUUUGAGCAUGUGCUUAUAAAUAAGUGUAUAUGUGACUAACUCUUAUGCUCUAUUUCCCAGUCUCAUGUAUAUGUAUAGAUUGUACAAUGUAUUGUGCACAUAUUUUAUAAACAUAGAUCCAUGUUGCUAGCUGCAGGUGGAAAUGGCCUUUCCCCCAAGUUCUUGGAUUAUGCAGAUGUGUGAAGGGGGAAGCCCUAUACCUCUGUGCAGUAUUUCCAGCUGCCAUUGUAAAUUCCACUUCCCCUAGAUCUAAUGCGAGUUUCCAGUAUGAAAAGCAGAGCUCCCACAGCAUAGUUUUCUUGGCUGUCCUAUUAUGUACUGAGGUGCUGCUCCUUAUUUUGAGUUGUAAUUGGUGAAUUGUCCUAAAUGCAACAUAGAAUAAUGUAAUUGGGCAUUUGGGAAAAGCUGCUUUGGUUUCCAAGAGUUUUCCUUGGCUCAUAAUGUUGGCGUAGUCUUUUAAGCUUCACUUUUGAUUUACCUAUUGUCAUCAAAUACCUAUACCUUUUUCACUUAUUUUUAGUUCAUGUUACAGCUCAUCUCCCAAAAGCUGAUAUUAAAAGGCUCCAGGGAGUCAUACAGUGAGCUACUAGCACUGACUACAGCUCAGGGAAGGUCUUGGGCCCUAGGAGCAAGGGAGCUAGAGCAAUCCCUGAACUUGUCUGAACAAAGAAAUGGAAGUUUACUGACCUAGCUCAGCAGACUAGCAGGCAGGUUUGGUUUAUAUACUCUUUCUGCGUCUAAACUAGUAAUAGGGAAUGUGUGGCCAUCCAGAUGUUGUUAGACUGGUACUCCCAUUGGCUGUAGACAGCGUGGCCAGUGGUGAGGAAUUGUGGGAGGUGCAGUUCAAUGUAUGGAAGACUACCUGUCCCCCAUUCCUGCUCCAGGCUUUAUCCCUACCCUGUGUGACUGGUAAGAGCCCUGUCAGGAAAAACUUUAGCCUUUUUUCCACUGUUCAAAAUGAAGAGCUGUGUUCUUGUUGCUGAAAACUACAUAUUUUCUCUUCUUUGCCAAAACUCUUGCUCACCAUUACUGCUUUCUGUGUACCAUAUUCAGAUGAUCACAGAGCUAGAAGGGACCAUUUGAAAAUCUUUUUUAUGCCAAACAUAUCAUUUGUACAGGAGAAGCUCCAUCAUUAUCCACCCAUUUCACCAGAACAUUCCACUAAUUCCAGGCCGUAUUAUGGUAGGAACAGACGUGAAAAUUAUUAAGAUAAUUAAGAUGCUUGUUGAAUUGAGCACGAACGUAACAAUGCAUUUCUAAAGCUGUACGCAUUUUUUCCAAGCGGUUUCUAUUCAGUGCUGUGGAAGAAGUGGUAAGUGUAUUUCACAGUCAGAAGUGCUAAUGAGGAACACAAUAGAUAGGGGCGGGUUACAGACCGCCUCU